UCAUUACUGUAUUGAAGCAAUGAAUGGCCAGAGGUUUAAGCUUCUGGGAAGCUGUGUCUGGUUUUUUUUUUUUUUUUUUAUUUUGCUGUUGUUAAUAUUCACUUUCAUAAUGUUUCUGUGUCAGAGUUUCACUCUCCCUUAUUUUGGAUAGGAAGGUGGCACUGUUAGAUGAUAUCUGUGAUGAUAUGCCUGGCAUUGGUUUGAGUGCUUUGUUGCAGUUAGUUAUAUCCUAUUGAAUUUAACUAAAAUGGACCUUUUUUUAGGGAAAAGGGUCAACAAAGGCUCACAUUUACUUUUGAGAUCAGUUUUGGUUCAGAUUCUGUCAGAUCAUUAUGGUGGCUUAGAGAAUUGGGAAAAAAUGUGUAACAACCGGAUUUUCAUAGUAUUUCACACACCACUCUGCAAUUCUUCAUGUAAAAUAUGUAUAGAGUAAUAUGGCUCGGUAUUUUGCACCAGUAGAUGCUAGUGAAUGGUUUUGCUAAUCAAACUUGACUUCAGCUGACUUUAUUCUUUGAAUAUUAUUGCUUUCUGAUAGAUACCAGAUUGUGCAGGUUAGAUGUUGAAAGGGCAGUAAGUUACCUUGGUGUGGUAAAAUCCUUCCUUAAAUCUCAUGUGCUGGCUGUCAUGCCUGAGGACAGGCCCAGGAGGAAAUCAGUCUUUGCUCCAGUGGUUUAAAUGUAUUAGAUUCUCUGUCAGAUUCUUUUGUCAUCUUCUACUCAUGGUAGUUACUAGAUAUAAACAGCAACUCCAAAACAUGUAAUGAUCACAAAUAAAAUACUUGCUUUGUAGAAACAUGAAGAAACCUUUAAAUAGAGUUAUUUGCUGUACAUUUUGUUCACUGGUACUAAAGCUGAAGAAAGACUAUUACAGUAGGUCACUGUGCUAUUUUACUUCAGGCAAGCACUAGCAUUUAAUAUCUUUUCUUCCAACAAAAGUAACUGAGUUUUCAGAGUACUGGUUUGAUAGUAACACUUGAUAGACCAUCUUCAACCUUCCAAAGAUAAUAGGUGGAAUAUAUAUCAAAGUAAAUUCACCAUUACCUGUUUGUGUUAACUCAGAGCUAGUUUGAUUGGCAUAUUCUGUUGUAAAAGGAACUGAGUAACUAGAGACAAACUGUGAUUUCUGUUGUGAAAACUGAAGCCUCUGACAAGAAUUUUUGUGGUGGUAGGCUGCUUUUACCGUUUUUGCACUGGAGUGUCUGCUUCCAAGUUUUUGGCUGGGUGGAUAUGUUUGACUAAGUUACCUAGUGCCUGCCAAGCAUCUACAGGUACAAAAACAUAGAUAUGCAUAGAUGGAACAGAUUUGUGUGUGGUUUACUCUUUUAUUUAAUGCUUGCUAAAAAUUCCUCAACAAUACCUAAAUCUUACUGUGGAAAAACUACCACUUUAAUUUCAGUCUUACUAAACAAGAUAAAAAAUCAAAGAAGUAGAGAAUUUUCAAAAUAUUUUUGCAACCUUAGUUUUUACUCAAAUAAUUCUUAAAAUCUCUUUGUAGAAUGCAGAUAUUCAUGUUUUCUGUUGCCAGAGUGUAAUUUUCUAAAUUAUAUUGUCUUUGGCUUUAUAACUAGAUUGAAAGUGGUUUGAGUUCUCCACAGUUUUUAACCAUCACUGUAUUAUGCUUGGCAUGUACUGACCUUGCUACUGCUAUUUUGAUUUCUGUAUGUAUUUUGUCCUCUGAAGUUCUCAAUUUGUUUAGAACAUGCAUGAAAUAUUAUUGUAUUUCUGUCCAUCUCAUUUUACUUACUGUUCCUUUAAAUGUCAUCUGUAUGUGAAAGGAAUAAGUAGCCAUCAAGUGGUUAACCCAAUAUCAGAGGCUUAUGCAAAUGAAUAGCAGCAUUUAGAACAACUGUAUUAUGACAGCUGUGUGGGUAUGUAGAUGCUCUGUAUGAAGAUGCUCUGUAGUUGUCUUUGGGAAGAAACACAGUAGUCUGCCUGAAAGCUUCAAGCAGCUCAUAUGCAGAGGAAGUCUUCAUGCUAUUUUUAUAGAAAUUUCAGACACCAGACCCUGUCUUAUGUCAUCAGUGGAAAGAUAGUGAGAUCUCAUUUAAAUAUGUUUAAAACACUAAGUAUUGGAAAAGUGGGAACUUGCAUUCUAUAAGCAAAAUAGACAGAUGAUUUUUGAUAGAGUGGAACUCCUGGGAUUUUUUUGCCUUUAUCGAUUUCAGCAAAAAGAGACAUACUUGGUUGAUUCUCUUUUGCAUUUUCUUUGCCUACCCAAAGCUGUGUACUGUUAAUCCUUGAUCCUGCCAAAGCAGCUCUGUGUGGUAUUACUGGGGUGAUAGAUUAAGGGCCAGAAGUGUUUAAGGAAGUUAGAGCAGGUUAUCCUUGUAAUCUUAGAUGUGUAGUUAAGAUUUCAGUUACACCUGCACAUGAGAGUGUUUGGUCAGUGAAUGAAAUUGAACAGUUAAGGAAAUGGCUCUAAAUUCAAAUUUUAAUUCAGGGAGCCAACAACUUUUAGGGACAGAUCCUGUCUUCAUAACUUUAAACUCACAUUUUGGCAUUGUCUUGAGAUGGUGAGAAGCAGCUUUGACAAUUUAAAUGAUCAAAAUUUUAUUUUCUUAUGUUUGACCCUCAAGGCUAGUAGAAAAAAAGUUCCACUAAAGGCAGUUUUUGUGUCUAGAAGAUAUUUUCAUAGCUGCAUAAAUAUAAAAAUAUGAUGCACUAGCUAGUUUGUAUUGUGAGUUUCAAGAUUUGAAAGAGCAGUCAUGAUACAGCAACCUUAUUUCUCUAAUCUUUCCUCACCCCAAACAGUUCUAAGAUUAUAGAUUUUUAAACUUGGAGAGGCUUCCAUUGGUUACACAUUUUCAUGUUUACAUAUUUUUAUGUGUAAACAGCUAAUUAUUCCCAAUAUACCUUUUGCUUGUGCUGUAAGAUUUCUUUGUGCUUGUAUUUCAGUAGAAGACUUCAGGCCACAUUGUGCUAUUGUUUGUAUUGGUAUCUUCUGUUCACUUUGAAAUGUGUUUCAACUUGUGUUUGUAGCUCCUUAAAAAAUGAGGAGGUAGACAAAAACCCAAAGUUAAAAAAACCAUUUCAGAGACAUUGUACACAGAAGUGCCCAAAACUCUGAGUGUUUUCCACCUCCUGUUAUGGUUUUUGCAAGCCUUUGCUGAAAGGCUGGUGCACAAAAACAUACCACUGUAUUUUUUAUCCCAUGUUCACCAGAAGAAAUCUGUCUUAAUUGAGCGUAAAUAUUUCUUUGCUGUUCUGUGGCUUGUUCUUUCACUAGAAAUCAGUUAACACUGUGGCUUUAAAUUCACAUAAUUUUUUGAGUGGGACUUUCUGGAGACUUCUGGAAUUUAUUUAGGUGUUGUGUUGGAAUCUUGAUAUUAUACUGGAAUACAUGAUCAUAUCUUUCUUUAAAGGUCUUUCAGGAAAGUAAUGUUUGUUCUGUGCUCUAAUAAAGACUGCAUAAAACUAUUUGUAGACCUGCAGCUCAAGAAUUGCCUUCUCUGAAUAACUUCUGAGACUUGGAAAGUGAUGUAGACGUUUGGAUUUUUGGUGCAACCAUUAAGAUAUAAGUGCUUUAGAUAAGAAAAUGGAAAGAUGAGUUUUAACUCAUCAAUGAAGAAAAAUAAUAAAUUGGUCAGAAUUUGUUGAGAAGUAGGAUUGCUUUUAAGGAAAACAGGUUGAAACCCAGAUUUGCCUGUUUGUUUAUUUUAAGCUAUCAGACAAACAAAAAAUGUCCUGUUUUUUUAUAGUGUUGCUUUUGUUGUUUGAUUUGGUUAUGUCAUGUCCACCCCUUCCUUCCCAUCCCCUUCCCUAAUGAUUAAAUGCUGUCAGAGUGUUUUGGGAAUCAAUCUGUAUGGAAGGUUAAGUCAGUCCAGGUGAAAAUGUUUGAGCAUGGGCUGAUAUUUGCAGACAGGAAGCUUGUUUUUGUCAGCUUUGUGGAAAUGUUCUGACUUACUCAACUUUUUCUAGAAAGUAGUUUCUGAGCCAUCAGGUGUGGACUGUCUGAAACUUACACCGUGUUAAAAACGGAACACUGUAUGUUUUUUGGGGAAAUUGAGUUGAAACUUGUCUUGAUUGAUUGAAACUUGUCUAUUCUUUAUGUCAUCCGGGCACUUUUACUUUUCCUGCCCCUAAUAUUGUUAGUAUAUCAACUGACAAUAUGCAUAAGCACUGCUUCAAAUGACAUGGUGGAGAACUUGUAUAUAUAUCUCUGAACUCCUUGGUCUAACACUACUGAGUCAAGUUUUAUGGAAAAGGUAGAAUGUCCUGAUUUUAAAGGUGCUGUUGUCCAUAAAUUACAGGUGUCAAUCUCAUCUCUCUGAAAGGUUUACAAGAUUUAUGAAACCUUUUUCACCUGAUCAUAGCCCUUGGUUCCCACAGGUGUUGUAGAAAACACUGUGCAAUUCUUUCCCAGUAUGUCACAAAUAAGAAUGUUUUAACAAAAGUAAAUUGUUUAAAUAAAUUGGUUUGAAGUAUUACUGCUGAUACUUAUUUCACAUGCACCUGAAAUAAGUAAAUGCAAACCUGUGGUUUCCUGCAUUUUGCUCUAGAAGAUUUGUUCGAGCCAUUUUUGUGACUAAAUCUCAUUUCACAACAGAAAACACAGCCAGAACUAGGUACUAUUAGUCCAGUUGAUACAGCUUUAAAGAAUACCUUUUGAAGUUAAUAAUGGAGGACAUAGUUUAAUUUUCUGCUGCUUAGCUCCCAUUUACUGAGCUUUCAUUAUAUCUCAUCUAAAGAGAUUAGACCAAGGGGGAUAAAACUAUCUGUGUUGUAGCUGUUUUGCUUUUGACUCCUGCUUUUUUCUGUUGCAGCUGAUAUUUGUGAAGAGAGUUGUUUAUUUAACAGCUCUCUGUGUUAGGGAUUUGUUUUGGUCAUAGAACUCUAAUUAAAAAUUUGGAUUUCUGGGGGAAAGAGUGUUGAAGGGUCAAUUAAAAAAAAUAGUGAUGUUUGAGUGCUGUCAAAUAAAGAAAAUCAAGCAUGAGCCAGUUAUUUUUCUUCAGUAUUCCUUCCUAUGAACUCUCAUAUUUGAUCUAGUUUUCCUGCAGUUGCUUUAACAUACUUUACUGCAGUUUCAUUAGCAUGCUUUUCUGUCUGACUUUAAUUGUGUCUUCUUUUUUUUCUUCUUGUAUUCAGGAAAUACAAAGGUGACUCCUUUUUUGUCUUUAAAUAUAAAUUGCAUUGCGUUCCUCAUGUCUCCAUUUUCCCGUUGCAGUUAGGAGUGAUGGAUUAGAAUUAGGCUGCAGCACAGAUUGGUAGAAUCUCCCAGCAUCCUUUUGCUGCAGAGGCAUCAGCUUCCAGCAUUGACUGUAGCUGCUGCCACUCUCACUGACAUUUCUUUUGAAUUCGGCUAUGGAGAGUGCCUCUGUUGCCAGCUGCUGGCAUGGAAACUUUUAUUCUUUUUGCUGAUAACUCAUUAAUGAAACCUCAUGAAUAUUGAGAAAUAAAACAGAAUCACUUUUCUCUAUAUGCUUUUCUUUGUCUUUUUGCCUUUUUUUUUUUUUUUUGGUGUGUGUGUGCGCACAGUGGAAAAGAGUGAAAGAGGCAGCACUUAUUUUUACACAAGGACUGUAUUUACAUACCUGAACUGAAUUAAUCCUCAAGAAAUGUUCAACUGUGAGACAGAUUACUCAAUUUGAUUCUGCAUUUCUGAAUUAUUCUCUGGGUGAAAGGGCAUCCAAGAUGGAUCUCAAGUGUGCUCUGGAAGAAUGUUCAAUGGCACUGAACUUAUUUCUAAACAAUAAGUUCUCUGAAGCACUGGAACUACUUCGUCCAUGGUCCAAAGAUAGUAUGUACCAUGCACUUGGAUACAGCACUAUUUUAGUUAUGCAAGCUGCAAUGACCUUUGAACAGCAGGAUAUACAAAUGGGAAUUUCUACAAUGAAGGAUGCUUUGCAAACCUGCCAAAGAUUCAGGAAAAGAAGCACAGUGGUGGAAUCCUUGUCCAAUCUAGUUUCUAAACAGGCAGUGGAUCAGUUGAGUGAAGAGGAAAUGCAUGCUGAAAUCUGCUAUGCUGAAUGUUUAUUACAGAAAGCAGCUCUCACCUUUGUACAGGAUGAAAAUAUGAUCAACUUUAUCAAAGGUGGCCUGAAAAUUAGGACAAGUUACCAAAUUUACAAGGAAUGUCAUCAGGUGCUACAGACGACUCAGGGGAACAAAAGCAAAAAUGAAACGUACUACCAGUUUGAAGGAGGAGUAAAACUUGGAAUUGGAGCAUUCAACUUGAUGCUGUCACUUUUACCAGGAAGGAUCCUCCGACUUCUAGAAUUUAUUGGAUUUUCUGGCAAUAGGGAGUUGGGCCUCUGCCAACUACGGGAAGGCGCAUCUGGCAGCAGUUUGAGGGCCAUUCUGUGUACUUUCACCCUGUUGGUUUAUCAUACUUACGUCUCCUUAAUCCUUGGUACAGGGGAAGCCAACCUUCAGGAAGCAGACAGUCUCCUCGAACCCUACCUCCUGAAAUUUCCAAAUGGUUCCAUUAUUCUGUUUUAUGCUGCCAGAAUAGAUAUACUGAAAGGAAAUUUUGAAAAGGCACAAUUGAGGUUCCAAGACUGCAUAGCAGCCCAGCAAGAGUGGAAACAGAUUCAUCAUCUCUGUUACUGGGAACUGAUGUGGUGCUACACCUUCCAGCAGGACUGGCUUCAAGCAUAUCGAUAUGCAGACCUGCUCAGCAAAGAGAGCAGGUGGUCUAAGGCAAUAUAUGUAUUCCAGAAGGCAGCAAUUCUGUGUAUGCUUCCAGAGGAUGAUUUGAAGAGGACUGGUGAGGAUAUAGUGUCUUUAUUCAGACAAGUGGAUGGUCUAAAACAGAGAAUUGCAGGAAAAUCUAUCCCGACUGAGAAAUUUGCAGUAAGGAAAGCUCGACGCUAUGCAUGUCCUCAACCAGUGAAGCUGAUAUUACCUGCCUUGGAAAUGAUGUAUGUCUGGAAUGGAUUUGCAAUUGUGGGCAAAAGAGCAGACCUCACUGAAAACUUACUGGUAACAAUUGAAAAAGAAGAAACUGCUCUACAAAAUGAAACUAAUCACAGUGAAUACUAUGUGGAUGAUGUGUGCAUGUUGCAGCUACUGAAAGGCCUCUGUCUGAAACACUUGGGAAGACUCAUGCAAGCUGAAUUAUGUUUCAGUAAAGUAAUUCAAAGUGAGAAGCAAAUAAAAUAUGAUAGUUACUUGGUGCCAUUCACACUGUAUGAAUUGGGUCUUCUGUACAAACAGCAGGAUGAGACAGAAAAAGCAAUAAGAUACAUAGAAACUGCAAAAAACAACUACAAGGAAUACUCUAUGGAGUCCAGGUUGCACUUCAGAAUUCAUGCAGCGCUUGACAGCUUGAAGGUGUCACCUGCUUCAACACCUUGAAUGAGGAGGGAUGUUUUUCAUGCAUACAAUAAAUAGCCUACACAAUCUUUUUUCAAUCUUUUUUUAAUCAUAGAGAAGAACAUGAUGAUUGUUUUCUGUCACUUCUGAUUUGAUAUCAUUCUUUGACUUUUUCUGUAUAGCGCCUAUACUGUAUCUACAUGCUGUUAAAGAAGACCUUAUAUUUUGUUGAUAAAAAUAAUUUAAUCUUUGACUUGAAUGGGGGAUAUUUUUUAAAAAAAAAGGUGAUGGUGCAAUAGAGUUUAAUGAAAAUACUUUAUUUUUUUUAUAUAAGAACAGAUGCAGGUUAUGCAGUGAAACUGGUGAUCAUUUCUGCAUUUUUGAAAGUUUUAUUUUCUGCAGUGCACUUGAGACUUUUUUUCCCUCUGGAACAAAAAUGCAAUGUCUGCAGAUAACCUUACCCACAUUUUUUUGGCGUACCAUAUUCUGAAAUUUUUGUCCAGAGGAAAGAAUUAGUAAUUUUUGACUUGAUUUCAUUUUGGGAACAAAACCUGUGUGAAGUGCAAUAUUUUUACUCUGUCAGAUGAAGCUAAGGAGGGCUUCAGAUGAAGCUGAGCAAGGCUACAGUUAUAAUGUCUUUGCAGGUCUAUUUCAGUCAAAGAAGUGCAUAUAGGGGAUAUUUUUCACUUAUACAAAAGCAGAGCUACAGAGGACAUUAUGUGCUUGUUCUAAAGUAGAAUCAGCUGUCUUAAGUUGAUCCUGACAGAUUUAUUUCACCUGUUUAAUAACAACAACAACAAAAAAGCACUGAGAACAGUCAUUUUGGAACUUACACAGGAUGUCUUCCCCAGUGAGAAAAGACUGGGAAAUCUUGCCUGAUGCCUACCCCAAAUAGUUCUCGACACAACUGAAACUGAUUGUGUCCCAUCUUCCCUGUCAUGGAUCUGGAGAAAGGAUUGUUCUUUCCCUUUUUUAAGUGAUCAUUUAGUACUUGUAGACUAGCACCCUAGUUGGUAUUCUCUGUUCUUGGAUCCCAACCAAAGCAAAUAAAAUAUUGGUGGAUUUAUAUAUUUUCCUAACAAUGAGUUAGCAUUCAUAUUAACAGAAGUUGAUUGUGCAUCAAGAAGUGAAUCCACUUUUAAACUUGCUGUUAAGAAAAUGUGCAUAUUCUAGUCUAAUUUCUACCAAAAAUGUGUUGUAAAAUUGAGAUACUUAUAAGUGCAUCUUUCUUUUCAUGCUUCUAUGCAAACAGCAGUAUCAAAUUGAAUUUCCCAUUUAUUUAGAUACACAGAUUCUAGCUGUCUGUUCUUAACAAUAAAAAUAUAUUUUAUUUUUAUUUAAGUAUACACCAAAUUACUCUUCUUUCACUAGCUAUUGCAAAACUUCCCUCUUCCAUAUUUUAUCCAUGUCCAGUAGGUUUACUUCUGCACAGUAAAUUCAUAGUACCUAUGCUCAUGUAUGUGAUUCGCUGCCCUCAACUACCACCCAAGCAAAACCAAGAUGAAAGAAAUAGGUGAAAAAUGUGUCCUCAAUAAAUGAGUAACUGAAGUUUCUAAUUGAACUGUCAAUAUGAUCUAAAUGCUAUAGCAGUUCUUCUCAGGUUACUGAGAACACAGCUUUCUUCUAUGACGUAUAAAUAACGGCGUCAUUUAAUUGCUUAUAAUUCUGUAAUUGAAUGGUAUAUUUACAGGAUAAGUAAGAGUUUAAAAAUAUUAGCUAAAGAAACAUAAUGGGUUUUUCAAAAUGGAAACCUGAUCCAAAGUCUUUCUUUGUUGGUUUGAAUUUGUGCCUAUUGUAAAUCUGUAAUUUAUAUGUGUAUAAUUUUACACAAUAACUUAAGUUUGAAACUUAAAUACCUGAGACACUGAAUUACUGAUAAAAUAUGCAUGUUUAUUUUAAAAUAUAUUCAGUUGACUGUAGCUAAACCUCAAAACAGAGAUUAGCAUAUGCUGUCAAAUGACUUCUCGAAUGAUUUACCCAUUUUUAUAUAUCUGAUUGUAAACUGUAGUGAGCAUAAACUCAUAUAUUUUCAGAAAAUACUUUUGAUGCACCUGUGGGCAUUAUAUGUUCAGUUUAGGAUUAUUUUGGUUUAAUCUGAUUAUUGGUUUGGAGUCUGCUUCAUUUUUCUGUAGAAGGUGAUGGGAACAAUUGCCAGUAAAACUUCUGUAAUUUGUGUUCCAAAGAGUACUUCACUUCAGAAGAGUUAUAACUGGGACUACAGACUCUCAGGGCGGAGCAUGAUGUAGUCUCUUAUAUCUUGUUUUUGUGGGGAGUGUCUUACAGCUAAUAUUGUAGAGGCGAUUUGAGAUAGAAAUCAAAACUAACAAAAAAUGAACAAGGAUCUUCCUUAGAAACUAAUUUUUUCAAGGUUUAGUACAAAGCUUCAAGAAGCGGUGUACUUUUUCCAUGGGUGAUGUUACUGACUGAAGAGAGAGUAAAAAAAUAUUUUCUUCAGUUCAGCCUUCCCAAGAUAUUAGUUCCCUGUGCAUGUUAUACUGUGUUUCUUUUGGGGUUGGCUUUUUUGCACUCCUGCAGAGGACAGGCUCAUCCACACAAAUUUCCAGUACCCUCUGUAGUGUUUUGAGGACCCAAUAUUAAGUGCUAUUUAGAGCUUGCCUCCUUUCUGUGCUGCUGUCCCAGACUUUGAUAGAAAGAUUGACUGAUCAGAAUUCUUACUUUAAGUUUUAUUCCGAACAUUUUUUUCCAAGUUGUUAACAGUGGAUGUAUAAAUGUGUGAGAGUCAUUUGUAACCCUUCAGUUAAGGUGGAUCUCCACAGAGCUGCAAGAGAUGCUUAGUUUUCCAGACAUUGCAGAAAAGUUCAUGUCUCCUUGACACAAUGCAUCUGUGAUGCAGUAUUAUUUAGGACAUUAUGCCUGAGUUAAGUAAUUUCUGUGUAAGAGUUCAGACAAAGGCUCUGUGGCUUUUUAAAAAUUUUUUUUAAUCUGCUGUAUUCUGUACUGGGCCUUAAAUACAGCUCUGAUUUAGUCUUAACUGUUGCUUAUAAUAUUCACUGCACAUGCUCAUCCUCCACGGGAAUUUUGAAUAUUGUGCUGAGACUUAACUAAGCAAAGCUGAUCAUUUACCUAUGAUGCUAUAGCCUCUCUUGAUAAUAGUAGGAAUUAUAAUAUAUACAAAAGCAAAUUCAACUUGUUAGUUUAAGCAAGAAAGGCUGAGCUUACAGUUACAUUAUGACAAAAGGUCAUUUAGUUCUUUCUGAUAAUAGAUGUAUUUUUUUUUAAGGUAAGCAAUAAUAAAUUAGCCUGGUUAUGGGACAAAGCUUCUCUUUGAUUAAGAAUUGCCUACUUAGAAACUAUUACAAAAAACUUAUGUCUGUGCAUAUCAAUCAAAUGUUUAAUCUGUUGAAAGAUCAUUGUACUAUGGUUUGUGAGUUUUUAUUCAUCACAAUAAAGAAUAAAUUUCUGUUUUUAACAGAAAUUGAAAGCAAAUGUAUGUUUAAAGAAAGCUGAUGCAAUAUUGUUAUAUAUCUGUUCUAAUACACAUGGGGUAGCAGCUGUAUGUAGCACUUCAUGGCCAGAGAAAUGUAUAAUAAUCAUAUCUUGUUACGUUUCUAAAACACCUUGCAAAGUAAUGUGUAAAACAAGAAAUUUCUUGUGAUAAAUUCAACUUAGACUCUGCGGUUAUUUUAUUACUAAUCCUAAUGUUUCAUGUCUUUUGUUUCUGUAUAUUCUCACACUGCCUAGUGCAACAAAGAAUGUUUAGAUUUGCCCUGAUGCUGCAGUCUCUUUGCUUCUAACAUGUUCUUAUCUGGUACUUGAUGAGUAAACAAUGAGAGAAGAAAACCAGAAAAUGAGGAAUGAAGUACGUUCUGGUUUAAAGAGCAUGUAGAAAUGUUUAUUAGGAUGGACUGGAAUGGAUUUACACUUCAGAGGAAUAAAUCACAUAUGUUUGUGCUACCAA